AAUAAAAAAUAAGGUGUAGAAUUGAUGGUAAUUUUUCCCGUUCAUAACGGUGCUAAACACACCGCGGUUGCAUUUUCCCGGAGCUGGUGGGGACCCAUAAGGGAGCAAACAUGAGCGCUUAGCUUAUUCAGCACCACAGCUUGGUAACUUAGUUCAGCGCGAACCACCGUCGACUUGAGACCAUAAAGCUACAAUCGGGUGUUUGUACUGCACUAUACUGUACGGCCUCCUCCUCCCAGUGCAGUUCGGGUAAACUGUUUUUCAUUGCGGUGCUAGUUUGUAGCAACGCACGGUAGCAUUCUAGUUUGCGCAAAAUGGAACGCAUCAGUGAUAUUGGCGCUACGCCUUACGAACCGGCCCCACGUGGAGAGUCCCUGAGGAAGCUACGCAACGGAGGCCGAAGCAGUGGUCUGGAAUCGUUGAAGUUUGCUCUGUCGAUUGUGCUGGACUGUUUGACGUUUGUGGUGCUGGUGAUUCCCAUUUUGGUCCGAUAUGCGGUUGGUCUGUUCGUGUCACCGCAGAAGAAGAAAAUUGCCGGACAGUUGGCACUGGUGACCGGUGGUGCCAACGGACUGGGGCGGGAAAUAUGCCUGCAGCUGGCCAAGGAGGGCUGCCACAUUGCGGUUAACGAUCUGGAUGCCACCAACGGGGCCAAAACGGUUGACGAUCUGAAGAAGAUGGGUGUCAAGGCGAAGUUUUUCAAGGCGGACAUUUCCAACUAUGAUGCCGUGCAGGGACUCCGCAAAGAAAUCGAGAGUAGUUUGGGACCCGUCGACAUACUGGUUAACAAUGCCGGGGUGCUACCGUUGAUGUCGCUUCGUGAAGGAAAGCCUGAAGACAUUCAGAAGGUGCUAGAAAUUAAUCUGCUGUCGCAUUUCUGGACGCUGCGUGCAUUUAUCGAGGGUAUGAUUACUCGACGCUCGGGCCAUAUUGUGGCUAUAGCUUCCGCCACUUCCUAUCUGCCAGUUGGACGUCUGGUGUCGUAUGUUGCUUCCAAGUACGGAGUCCGCGGCCUCAUGGAAGCGCUCAACGAUGAGAUGUACUUUGACGGGCUUCAGAACGAGAUUCACACCACCACCGUGUUCCCGUGCUUCAUGAAUACACGCAAAGAAGUUAUUAAUACCUUGCAGAAAUUGGAUAUUCUAUCGAGGAUGCCAAUUUUUUCGACCAAGAGAACAGCCCGUGCUAUUGUCAGUGGCAUGCUUCGGAACCAACGCCACGUGUUCAUGCCCAAAUAUGUGGGCCCGUUCCUGACACACUAUGAAACUAUUCCAGUGGAAAUCAGAAGAGUAGCCACAAAGUUGUUGCUGCAAAACAAGGGGGUUCCUAAGCUGAUGGACUAAGAAAUUUUUAUCGAUAUGUGUUUGCUUUAGUUUGACUGAAUCUAUAGUUAGGUGCAAGUUUUACAAACUAGAAUACGAUUUUCUGAACAUCACUGUGAUUGUACCUCAAAAUAUUUUGUCACAAAUAAAA